UGCAUCCCACGAUAGCCGGAACCUCCAAUUUUAGCGCGUCGAUACCUGAGGCACAAACGCUACUUUCAACACGCCAACUCAAACUUCACACGUGAUGAACCGCUCUGAACCUUUAAUAUUCACAAGCACCAAUUUACCAUUUGAAUUGGCUCGAUAGCUCAUUCAAUCAGCAUACGCUACGGCUACGAAUCCUUCUUUGCACAGGGAAUUCCACGAACUAUAUAUUUACAAGUUUGCGGUCAAAGUGAAAAAAACCCCAGGAAAUACUUGCGAUCAUGGUCCCAGUGUCACGAAAGAGAUCGACACCCAAUUCCAGCGACGACGACGAUAUGGACGAACCCCACCGCAAACGGCAACGCAUUUCGCCCGUUCUCCCACAAACACCUCCUCCGGAGCUCGAGCUGACGCAUACUGAUAAAAUGGAAUCUUCACUCUUCGACAGCGACGUGCGGACGCUGCUGCGCAAAACUAUAUGCCAGACACUAGCACAUGUCGGAUAUGAUAGAGCGACGGAGGAAGCGCUGGAGGCGAUGUGUAUGCAGGUCGACACUUGUUUGUAUAUCCUCAUUUUUGGGCAAUGGGCCCUGUGUUGACAAGUCUACAAGAUACUACGCAUUUACUCUCGCAAGUUACAAAUUCGAUGCUGAAUGCUAGAAGAAGUGCACCGAUACCACACGACAUAGCAUACGCGUUUAAUCGAUAUCAAUUACCACUCGCAUCACUAGAACCACAUUUGCGACCUCCGAUUUCCGUACCGAAACUCAAGCUAGAGGUCGAACCGGCGCCGGAGGAAGACAAGACGACGAAAAAUAUUAUAAGGAUAUUGGGGAAGGAACUUAAUGGUGAGGUGGAAAAGGCACAGAAAUCAUAUAUCCCGAAAGGGUUCCCUGCGUUUCCAAGCAAACAUACAUUUAAAUGGACGCCCAAGGAAAGCGAACGCGUAACGGAUCCGCGAAAGAUCCGCGAAGAAGCUGCAAAGAAUGCGAGGAUGGGGGAGGAGGCUCUGAGACGUUUGGUGAAGGUUGGAAAGGUGAGCAAAGAUAGGGAUAUGAAGCGGAUGGCGGGUAGAGAUCCAAAGAGCAAGGAAAGACAUGAAUUAUGGGAGCGCGCCAUGUUAAGUUUGGCCGGCGAAAAGGGUAAUACACAUACUGCAAGCGGGAGCGGGAAUGGAAAAGAAAAGAUGAGGGAUCUGGCGCUGGAUGAGCGCAGUAUGGUGGUUAAUGCGGAAAAGCAGUACUUUAGAACGGGAGCACCGGCGAAGAGGAAAAUCCAACCUCAACCUCCGCCUCCACCUUCGCCUAUGGAUGAGGAUUUAAUACAAUUGGAGCCAUAGAGAAUCGCUUAUGAUAAAGUCUACGAAUAAUAACCUGGGUUCGGAAUGGAGGGAUGGAAGGAUGCAUGCAUAUUCAGCGAGGAGUUCUGGGGUUUGAAUUAACCGGGUCACAUUUUCAGGGGCCAAUGAAUUCGUGGUGGAUGGACUUUUGCAUGAGCGAGAGGUAUUUUCUUGUAUGUGUAAAACUUACAUAAAUUGUUGCUCAUGCGCAACUUUACAUACACCCUACCAAAGAGAUAUACUUUUUAUGAUUCCUAUGGCCAUAU